AUGGAUAGAGAAUAUGUACAAGGUCACAUCCAGAAGCUGCAAGAGCAGCGUAUGUCCACACAGAAGAAAACCUUCACCAACUGGAUAAACAAUGUCUUCUACAAGAACAAUGUGAACAUUGUGAUACAAGACGUCUACACGGACCUGAAGGAUGGCAUUUACCUUCUGCAACUCCUGGAGCUGCUCUCUGGAGAAUCACUGCCUAGACCAAACUGGGGCAAGAUGAGGGUACAUUUUCUGGAGAACAAUAGCAAAGCCAUCACGUUCCUCAAAUCCAAGCAGGUGCAAGUAAAGGUGAUUGGGCCUGAGAAUAUUGUAGAUGGGGACCGAACCCUAAUCCUGGGAUUAAUCUGGAUCGUUAUCCUCCGGUUCCAGAUUUCUUCGAUCACACUUGAUAAGGAGGAAUUUGGAGUCCGUGCUGAUGUACUGUCUGCCAAUGAAGCCCUGCUGAUCUGGUGUCAGCAUAAGACUGCUAGUUACUCCAAUGUGAGUGUGAAGGACUUCUCCAAAAGCUGGUCUGAUGGCCUGGCUUUCAAUGCCCUCAUUCAUGUUCACAGGCCUGAUCUCAUCCACUACAGCUCACUGAGGCAUGAGCAGCCAAUCAAGAACCUGAACAAUGCCUUCAGCGUGGCAAAGAAGCACCUGGGAAUCACUAAACUUCUGGAUGCUGAGGAUGUGGCAGUGCCUCACCCAGAUGAGAGAUCCAUCAUGACCUAUGUGUCACUCUAUUACCAUUACUUUUCCAGGCUGAAGCAGGGCCAGACUGUCCAGAAAAGGCUUGCUAAGAUUCUGUUCUUCCUGAAGGAGAUUGAUGACUUGAAGUUUCAGUAUGAACAGAUGAUCUCUGAGCUCUUGAAAUGGAUUAAACAGAAAGUAGUAGAGUUGGACGAUCGCCACUUUCCCAAUUCCAUACAGGACAUGUGGAUGCUCAUGGCCAACUUCAAGACCUUCCGUACAGUAGAGAAGCCCCCCAAAUACCAAGAAAGGGGCAUGAUUGAAGCCCACUUUUUCCACAUCAGAACCAAGCAAAGAGCCAACAAUCAAUGGCCAUAUCUGCCCCCUGAAGGCAGGACACUGCAAGAUGUGGAAAAGCACUGGGUCAUUUUGGAGAAAGCGGAGCACAGCCGGGGAGAAGCACUGCAGCAGGAGAUGCAGAGGCUGGAGAGAGUGGAACAGUUGGCCCAGAGGUUCCUGAAGAAAGCAACCCUGCGUGAGUCAUACUUGGAGGACAUGAUGAAGGUGCUCGAGAAGCAGGACUUCCAGCCAGAGAGUGUGGACAAGAUGGAGGAUGCCACUAAGAAGCUUGAGGCUAUUGUGGCAGAUGUACUGCCCAGGGAGCAGCGCUUCAGAGCACUGGCUGACAUGGCGGCUCUUAUAACCCGAGAGAACUACCAUCGCAAGAUCCAGGUCAUGAAGAAGCAAGAGGACAUUUCCCAACAGUGGCAGGAUCUACUGGAGCAGCUCCAGAGACACAAACGCUCUCUGGGAGCAAUGCAGGAAAUUCUGGGCCUUCUGAGGGACAUUGAUACCAUUACAGAGGAACUCAAAGGACUGCAGGCACUAGUGACAUCUCAGGAUUAUGGGAAGCAGCUCUUGGAGGUAGUAGAUUUGCUGCAGAAGCACAAUUUGGUUGACUUCCAGAUCACUUCCUAUGAUGAUAGGGUGAGAUACAUCACCCAGAGGACAGCAGAGCUCACCAAGGGCAAAGCAAUCAAGUCAGAUGUGCUUCACGCCAAAACUCGGAUGCUCCAUCAGCUGUACCAAAACCUCAUAGCUCUCAGCAAAUCCCGACAAUCCCAGCUACAGGAAGCGUUGAAGCUUUUUGAGUUUUUCCAUGACUGUCAGGAAGAAGAGUCAUGGAUCUCUGAGAAAUGGCAAGUAGUGAGGACAGCAACAUUAGGACGAGAUCUCAGUCAGAUUAUUGCCUCCAUUCAGAAGCACAAGGCUCUAGAAGUCGAGUGCAACUCCCACAAGGCAAUUUGUUCCAAUGUAGUGAGGAAGGGCUGGGAGCUAAGUCAAAGGAACCACUCAAACCAGAGGGAUAUCCAGAUGCAGACAGACAGCCUCCAGAAGCUGUGGCAACAGCUCCAAGAUGAGGUGGCCAAUCGUAAAAUCCGCCUGCAGGCAGCUGCUUUAAUCAAACAGUACUUUGUUGACAUUGAUGAAGCAGACUCAUGGCUACGGGAGCGGCAGCCCCUCCUGGCCAGUAAGGAUUAUGGGAAGGAUGAGUCCAGCGCAGAAGCCUUGCUACACCACCACUUGCGACUGGAGAAGGAGAUCACAGUCUACUGCUUGGAGAUGAGGCGCCUGGAAGAACAAGCUGGUACUGUAGCAAAGCAGGCUCCAUCUGCGGUGAUAUCAGUGCCGGUAGUGAAGGCUCAGGUCCUGAGUAGCCUAAACCAAAGGUUCACUAUACUACCAUCAAGCCGCUCUGUGCGCGGGGGAACCCCGGAAAUUGGAUUUUCUAAACCACCUGAUUCAGAUCCUCACUUUAUUCCAGAGAACAUCUGGAGGACCCAGAAUGAAAUAAACUUGCUUUAUGAGAAUCUUCAGACCAUGGCUGAGCACAGGAAGAAAGGUCUGGAGGAGAUGAUCCGAUUGUACCGCUUCUACAGCUCCUGUGAAGAGUUUCAGUCUUGGAUGGAAGAUAAGGAGAAAAUUUUCCAGACCCUUCAGCCUGAAGCAGACAAUGUGGAGGUCACACAGCAGAAAUAUGAGAGCUUUCUAGUGGAAAUGGCUGUGGGGAAAAUCCAGCUGGGAGAGAUCAAAUGCCUAGCAGAUAAGUUUGCAAAGAGCAGUCCCAGCAAACAGAAUGAAAUCCAAGCCCACCUUAAAGAGAUCAGUAGGAGAUGGGGGCGCCUGGAAACUCUGAAGGAGGAAAAGGGUUCAGAGCUGAUUGGAGUGGCUGAUGUGAGGACAUUCCUCCAGGACUGCCAGAGCACUAGAGGGCUACUACAAGACAAGCUGGUCCAUCUCAGGGAUUUGGAACCUGGAAACACACCUGCCGUACUGGAGGCAAAUCGGCGCAAGCUGUUUGCUUUUGACAAGGAGGUCAUGGUGCUGGAAAGGAAAAUUGAAUACUUGAAGAGUGUGGCCCAAUCGAUUAAGGACACCAACCCUGCAGAGAGCAGGGCCAUCCAAAAGCAAGUGGAGAAUAUGGAGAAGCUGCUGGCCACACUCAAGUCACAGACUAAAGAGAGGGAGACAACCCUGGAGUUGGCACAGGAUCAACAGGCUGUCCUGCAGGACAGCCGCAGACUCCUGCUGUGGGCAGAUGGAAUCAGGGAGAAGCUGGGCAGUAUGGAGAUGGGCAUGGACGUGGCUUCUUCAGAGCAGUUGCUGAAGGAACAUCAGGACCUUCUGAAGGAAAUUCGCACUCAGAAGGAAAGGUUUACGCAGCUAGAAGAGCUGGGGCAGAAGGUAAUGUGUGGUCAGCCCAGCAACAGGACCCAGGAUGUGCGCCAGACCGUGGAGAGGCUUACCCAACAAAGCAGUGAGCUGGACGAGAUGUGGGAGCAGCGGAAGAAGCAGCUCCAAGACAGCUUGGAACUGCAGAAGUUCAAUAGGGAAGCAGAUCGCAUCAGUGCAACCCUCUCCAGCCAUGAGGCUUUUCUACGAGUAGAUGAUCUUGGGGACAGUGUGGAUGCUGUUCACAGCCUUCUCAAGCGGCAUGAGGAUUUUGAAGGACUGCUGAUGGUGCUGAAGCAACAGGCUGAAGUGAUGAAUGAGCAUGGGGAGAAGCUAGUGAAGAACAGGCACUUCGCUUCUUACAUGAUCGAGGAGAGAAUGGCUACAUUCCAGGACCGAUGGGAACGACUGAGACAGAGUAAUGAACAGAAAAAAAGGAAGCUGCUUGCAUCUCUUCAGCUGCAGGAGUUCAACCGUGAUGUUGCUGAGCUGCUGAUAUGGAUGGAAGAGAAGUACAAGAUUGCAUCAGACGAGUCCUAUCGUGACCCAACAAAUAUCCUGCGCAAACUGAAGUGGCAUGAGGCUGCUGAGAAGGAAAUGAUGGCAAACAAGAAGCACUUUGCAGAGCUGAUAAUGAUUGGAAAUCAGCUGAUUCAAGAUGACCAUUAUGCUGCAGAUUCUAUCCGGGACAAGAUGUCAGAGCUGAAGAAGAAGUGGGAGAAAUUGUACAACAAGAUGUUAGAGCGAGGAGACAAACUGAGACAGGCCGGACAGCAAGAACAGCUGAUGGAACUCCUCCAGGAUGCAAAAGAGAAGAUAGAAAAGAUUGAGAAGGUUCUUCAGGAUGCAGAGACAGGCCAUGACCUGCGCUCCAGCCGCGAUCUGCUCAAGCAGCACAGUCAACUGGAAAAGGAGACAGGGGAGUUGUCUGAGAAAAUGAACUCCAUUGUGUCCUGUGCCAAGAAAAUGGCAACCAAUCAUUUUGAUUCCCAGAAGAUUCUGGAUGAGACACAGAAAUAUCUGGAAAGGUUUAAGUCUUUGCAGGUGCCUCUUGAUGAGAGGCACCAGCUGCUGCAGGCAACAGUGGAUCUGUACCAGUUCUACCAUUACUAUGACAUGGAGAUGAAUUGGAUCAGUGAACGAUUGCUCAUUGCCAACUCCACCAACUGUGGCAAGUCCUUGGAUAUGGCUCAAAGCCUGCUCCACAAACACAAGGAAUUACAGGCAGAAGUGAAUGCCCACAAACAGCAAGUUCAGAGGGUGUUGGAGAAGGGAAAGACUGUGACUGGGUGCAAGCACUCUUCAUUUCAGAGAAUAAAGGAGAAAUGCCAGGAGCUCAGCAACAGCUGGGUGGAGCUGGAGAAGGCCUGUGAAGAGAGGCUGAAGCAGCUGCAGCGUUCUGUUGGCUUCCAGCAGUUUUUACUGAAUACCUCAGACCUGGAGACUUGGGUAUCAGAAAAGCUUCCAUUUGUGACCAGCAAAGACUAUGGCAAAGAUGAGGCUGCAACUCUGAAACUCCUCAAGAAACACAAGGCAUUGGAACAUGAAAUUGAGGUUUACAAGAAUUUGAUGCUAGAGCUGGGUAAAACUGCCAAAACCCUUCCUCUCCCUGGCUCCAUCCAGUUUGAUGAGGUUGAUGCCCCACAGGAACAAGUUCACUCUAAGCUCCGGGAGUUACUGGAGCUGGCCACAGCAAGAGGGAAGAAGCUAGAUGAAACUCUUGGUCUGCAUGAGUAUCUGAGGGAGUAUGAGGACCUGCAGGACUGGAUCAAUCAGCAGAGGCAGGUGGCCAGCUCUGAUGAUUAUGGCAGUGAUUAUGAACAUGUCCUGCAUCUUUGUGCCAAAUAUGAUACGUUCCAGCACCAGAUGGAAAUGGCUGCUAAGAGAGUUGCAGCUUACCAGCAGCUGGCAGAGAACUUGUUGGACCACGGGCAUUCGGAAUCCAGACAGAUCCAGCAGAGGCAGAAGGAGCUACGGAACUCCUGGGAAGAGUUGUUGGAGAUGACCUGGUUACGAGGCGAGCGACUGAAGGAUGCGGAGGCAAUUCACAAGAGUUACCAAGACCUGACAGAUGCCCUCACCCACAUUGAGGAGAAGUCCAAGAGCAUCCCCGAUGACACUGCUAAGGACAUGAGUGGCGUGCAGUCCCAGCUACGCAAACAUGCAGCCCUUGAACACGAGCUCCUAGGGAAUGAGCAGCAGCUGCAGGAGCUGAUUGAUGCUGCAGGCAGUGUGCUGGCCCGGUGCUCUGAGAGACAGGUGGCAGACCUGCAAGCGAAGCAGCAAGCAGUAGUGGAGAACUGGGAGUCCCUGAAGUCUAAAGUGGAACAGCGCAGGGAACAUUUGGAACAGGCCUGCAAGCUUUACCAAUUUCAAGCAGAUGUGUGGGACUAUUUCUCCUGGACAGCAGAGAUGAUGAGGGAAAUGAAGACUGAGGAGACAAUCCGGGAUAUAUCCACUAGCAGCCUGAGGCUUACCCAACACCAGCAGCUGUUGGCAGAGAUCGAGGCACGAGAGGAAACAUACAAUCGGGUGGCACAGCUAGGACAGUCGCUGCUGCAGGAAGAGAAAAUAUCAAAAGAGAUCCAGCAGAAGUUGUGGGCUUUGUUGGAAGAAAAGGAUAAUGUGUACCAUCAAUGGGAGCAGAAGAAGGAGUGGUUGGAGAAGAUACACCGAGAACAAAUGUUCUACCGGGAUCAGGGUCACUUGGAAAAGAUCCUGAACACUCAGGAGAUUUAUUUGAAAACCAGUGACCUGGGAAACUCGGUAGAUGAGGUGGAGCGGCUGAUCAGGAAACAUGAGGCUUUUGAGAAGAUUCUGACCUCUCAGGAUGAAAAGGUGACAUCUCUUCAGGAACAGGCAAAGAGGCUGCAGAAGGAUGGUGGGUUGGAGGGGAUAAAGAUCCAGCACAAACUGAACUCUGUACUUGAGAGGAGGAAUUGGAUCAAAGAUCUGUCUCAGAGUAGACGGGAGAAACUGCAAACCACACUCCUUCUCAUGCUCUUCUACCAGAACUUCGUAGAGGCAGAGGACUGGAUUAAUGAGCGCAUGCAAAAGCUGGAGGACCCUUCCAUCCGAGACCACAGCAACCUGAAGGAUAAAAUGAAGCUGCUGCAGAAACAUCAGGUCUUUGAGGCUGAGAUUCUGGCUAAUGAGGAGAUCAUCACAGCUGUUAACAAGAAAGGGGAAGCCCUGGUGUCACAAAGCCACCCAAAAUCAGGGGAGAUCUGUCGUAGGACCCGUAUGAUCCAGGAGCACUGGGAGAAGCUGAAGUGGGCUGUUGCUGCUCAUGGAAAGAUGCUGGAGGACAUUCGGGACUUCCUGGAGUUUCUGCAGAAAGUGGACCAAGUGGAGGCCUGGAUCAGGGAGAAGGAAGUGAUGAUUAAUAUUGGUGAUAUGGGGAAUGACUACGAACACUGCCUGCAGCUCAUGAAAAAGCUGAACGAGUUCCGAGGAGCAGCAUCAGGGGAAAUGACAGUGGAUGAUGCUCACAUCAAAACCAUCAAUGCCCUGGCCAUGAAACUGGAAAGACAGAACAAGGAAGAGGUGAAGACAAUAUAUCAACGCCAGAAGCAGCUCAAUGAAAAGUGGACCAGUUUCCAUGGUAACCUGAAUACAUACAGGAGGAAGCUGGAGGGAGCCCUGGAGAUCCAUGCCUUAAUCAGAGAAAUUGAUGACAUCACGGAGAGAAUUAGUGAGAAGAGUGCACUGAUACAAGCAUUGGAUUACGGGAAAGACGUGGAGAGUGUGGCAAACCUGAUGCGACGACAUGAGGAAAUGGAGAGGGAAAUCAGUGUCAUCAAGUCCAAAAUGGAGAUACUGGAGUUGGAAUCUUUCCGCCUUUGCAAGAGGAAUCCAUCCAUAAAUGACAAACUGAGUACAAAGCAAAGAGAGAUGAAAGACAACUGGCUACGACUCCAGGGGCAGGCCAAACAAAGGAGGGAAAAGUUGGCAGCUUCCUACCAGUUGCAGAAGUUUAACUUGGAGCUAAAGGAGCUGCUAGAUUGGAUUCAAAAAAUCAGAGGCUUAAUGGAAGCAGGGGGCCUUCCUAAAAGCCCAGCUGAGGCAGACAGCAUGAUUGAGGAACAUUGUGAGAGAAAGGAGGAGAUUGAAGCCCGAAUGGAAAGAUUCAACUCACUCUGCAGCUUUGGUCAGAAACUUGCCAACUCUGGUCAUUAUGCAACCCCUGAGAUCCACCAAUCUCUCUCCAGAUUUCAGCAAGCCUUGUCUGAACUGAUCCAGGCAUGGCAGGAGCAGUAUGUAAAACUGUUUCAGGCCCAGGACUUACAGAAAUUCUUUGGCUAUGUGGAGCAGAACGAGAGCUGGCUCAGCAGCAAAGAGGCCUUCUUGGCCAAUGAGGAUUUAGGGGAUUCUGUGCCCAGUGUGGGGAGCCUGCAGCGGAAACACAUGCAGUUUGAAAAGACUCUGGAAGCCCAGAUGGAGAAGAUUGAUGUGAUGGCCUCCUUUGCACAGCAACUGAGCCAGAGCAAGCAUUACGACUCGGAGAACAUCACAAACAAGUGUCAGGCUAUUCUGAGGAGGAAAGACAAACUGCUGGAGAAUGCCCUGGCUCGCAGGCAUGUGCUGGAGGAAUCCAGGCUAUUACAGAAGUUUCUGCGGAAUUCCUUUGAGGUGGCAGCCUGGAUAAAUGAGAAGAAUAGCAUUGCUUUGGAUGAGAGCUGGAAGGACCCGAGCAACCUACAGUCCAAGCUGCAGAAACACCAGACUUUUCAUGCAGAGAUCAUGGCCAACAGAAAUCGCAUAGAUGGCAUCAAGGCUGAGGGAGAGAAGAUGCUCCGAGAGGGACAUUAUGCUCCUGAGGCCAUUCAGUCCAGACUGCAAGAAAUGGAAGAGCUCUGGGAUGAGCUGCUGGGAAACUGCCAUGAAAAAAGGACCAAGCUACAGGAUGCCUACAAGGCCCUGCAUUUCCAGCGGAGUGUGGAGGAUAUGGAGAAAUGGCUGGAAGAUGUGGAAAGCGGGCUAAAGGCUCCAGACAGUAGCAGUGACCUGGUGGUUUUGAAUAGUCUCCUGAAGAAACAUGGGGAAUUGGAGGAAGAUGUUGCUAGCCAUAGGGAUCGGCUACAAAUGCUUGUGGACACAGCCCGUGAAUUCCAGCAAGAGAAGCAUUUUCUUGCAGAUGAGAUACAGGAGAGAGUUGAUCAGGUGGUGCACAGGUACAAGAACCUAAGUGAUCCGCUGCAGGAGAGGCGUGGGAGUUUGGAAGCGAGCAGGCUGCAGUACCAGUUCUUCCGGGAUGUUGACGAUGAGUUGGCCUGGGUUAAUGAGAAGCUCCCACUGGCUUCCUCCAAGGACUAUGGCCAAUCCCCAACAACAGUCCAAAGCUUACAGGAAAAGCACCAGAAGUUGGAGAAUGAGAUUAGCAGCCAUGAUGCUCUAACAAAAGUGGUGGUCAGCACUGGGCAGAAGCUGGUGAGGGGUGGGCAUUCUGCUUCCGAGGAGAUCAUGAAACUUUUGAAGAAGCUGGAGGCCUCUGUAGAAAUCUUGAAGGCUGAGGCUCAAGAGAGGAGGAGGAGACUCAUGCAAUCAUAUGAGGCCCAUCAAUUCCUCAGUGAGCUUUUGGAAGUGGAGUCCUGGAUGACAGAGAGGGGGUUCAUCCUUGAGUCAUCUGACUGUGGGAAGAACGAAGAAACCACCCACGGGUUGCUUCGUAAACUGGAGGCUACCAAGCUGGAUGUGGAAGGGUUCAAGCCCCGCAUUGAGAAGCUUCAGGAGACUGGCACUAACCUAAUAAACAGCGACAACCCAGAGAGUCCAGCCAUGCUUCUGAAGCUCCAGGCUGUCCUAGCAAGCUACAAGUCUCUCCUACAGAGAGCUGAGACCCAGAGGAGACACCUACAGGAACAAUACCAAUUGUACCAGUUUGAGAGAGAGGUCCAGUUAGUGGAUGCCUGGCUUUCCAGCAGACUGGUUGUGGCGGAAUCAGAUGACUAUGGGCAGGACUUGGAAGAUGUUGAGAUGCUGGAGAAAAAGUUUGAAGAUUUUAUAAAGGAGGUGAAACCUCUGGGACAUGCUAAGGUUUUCUCGAUAAAUGAAUUAGCAUCCCACCUGGAGAAAGGGUGCCACAGCCAGAUAGGAGAUAUCCAGAGGAGGACCCAGCAGGUCAAUGACACCUGGGAGAGACUAGGCCAAGCCAUCCAGACAAGGACAGAGAAUCUAAGAGCAGCCCAGCAAGUUCACCAGUAUGACCAUGAUGUGGAUGAGCUCAAGGGCUGGAUGCAGGAGAAAGAGGCAGUGGUGGACAUAGAUGAUUAUGGAUAUGACCUGCCCGGUGUGCAGACCCUCCUCAGCCAGCAUGAAGGAGUGGAGAGAGACCUUGCAGCCAUCAUGAAAGAGCUGGAGCGGAUCCAAGGGGAAGCUCGGCAUCUCAGCCGGCUCUACCCUCAGGCCAGGGAGAACAUAAUGGAGAGACUCACAGAAGUGGAUGAAUGCUGGGAGAAACUUGACAGGAAGUCUCUGGAGAGGAAGGAGAGGCUGCACCAGGCAGAACAGGUCCAGGGCUACUUCAACGACUGCAGGGAGCUGAUGGUUUGGGCUAAUGAGAUGCAUGCACUGGUGAUAUCUGAGGAACUAGCAAGCGAUGUUCUUGGCGCUGAGCUGUUAAUCAAGCACAAUGAAGAGUAUAAGCGUGAAAUAGAGAAGCAGUGGCUAAAAUAUGAAGAUAUGCAGCAGGCAGGGAACAACCUGGUGAAGAACGGACACUUCAUGUCCAUGGAGAUUGAGGAAAAACUGUCAGAGCUGUCAGAGCUGAUGAAGAAGGUGAAGGAGAGCUGGGAUGUGAGGAAGGAGCUGUAUGAGGAAAACUGGGAAAUCCAAUUACUACGGCGAGAGAUGGAGCAAGCAGAGGCAUGGUUGGCUGCCAAGGAGAGAUUUCUCUCAGAUCCUAGCUAUGGGGAUUCAGUGUCUGAUGUAGAGGAACUACUGAAGAAACACCGGGACUUUGAGAAGAUGCUUGCAGCCCAAGAGGAGAAGUUUGUACAACUGAAUAGGAAGACAAAGAGGGAAAUGAAGAUACUGAAGCAGAUUUAUGCUGAGGAGAAUGGGCAAAAGGAGAGAGGGAAAAUCAUUAGGGUCCCAUCUCUGAGAAGGAAGCCCUCAGACAGAAGGAUGCCAUCCUCAAGACUGAUAGAGAUAAAGAGAACUAGACCAUUGCCAUCUCUAUCCUCCUCACCCAGCCUCGCCUUGAGGGAUCCCCUUGAAACUAUUGUCUCUCCAGUCCAAAAGCCCACAGAGGCAUUCCAGCAAUUCGGGUCUGGGGAAAAUCCAGAGAUGUUGCCCAGCACCAAUGGAGAAACGAAAGCUGUGACGAGGCUCAGUGAGAUUCACACUCAACCUACGCCAAAACUGAUGGGCCUGCAAGUAACAUCCUUGGGAAGCCACAUCUCUCCUCCCAGUCCAGUAAACAGACAAACUGCCACCAGUUUGUUAGAACCAUAUUCCAAGGACCUCUUAUCACCCCAUGAGAAAAACCUUAGCAAUUACCCCGUCUCUAACCUGGAAAUAAAAGUUGUGAAGACUCCACCUAGGUCUAGCCAAAGUUCAUUAGAUCUUUCUCCACAUUUACCACAGUCCAGUUCCUCUCUUGAGAAGUCAGAAAAUGACCUUUUGGUUUCUGUAGGUCACCAGAACAUGGAGGGGUUAUUAGAAAAGAGGGACCAGCUCCUUCCAGGACGGAAGCAGCCACGCUCAAGGUCUUGGAACUCCUAUUAUGUAAAACUCAACAAACAAAAACUUGACUUCUACAAUGAUGAAAGAGAAGCGUCCAAGAACGUAACCACAAGCCCAUCAAUCAGUGUUGCUGGUGCCAAGUGUGAGAGGCUGACUGACUAUGCCAGGAAAGAGAACACCUUUAGUUUACGAUUGAGUGAUGGGGCAGAAUACUACUUUGCAGCACCUUCUCAGAAGCUGAUGGAUGAAUGGAUACAAGCGCUUAGGAGUGAUAUAAGCCAUGGUAACAGUCAAGGUUCUAAAGUGAUGGCCCAACCAAUCACUCCAAAUACAGAGAGGCCUCAGACCAGACCUUGGAGCUUCCCAGAUGGAGGGCCUGCUGAAAGACAAAACAGCAGAGGCUUACUACCCAGGAGAGCUCCUUCCUUCAAAGUGAGACAAGAGAAAGAAUCUGAAAACAUUCCCAGGGAAUCAGAGGGAGACACACAUGAGAUUAUGAAGACACCAACCUCCACCUGUGCCCAGAACCCUGCAGGUAUGGGAGCCAAGGCUGAGGAUCAGAGUGUGCAGACCAAGCGCUUAGCAAAUCCACUGACCCAGAUGAAAGAAGAUCUAGCGAUUGAGGGCAGGAAGGAGAAACCCAAGAAAGAUAAGAAUGUCUUUCAAAAGCUUUUUUCCAAAAAGUAAGAGCCGCAGCACAAGAGAGCGCACACUCUUCAGUUUUCUGGAUGAAUCAGACUGUUCCCCUUCAUAGCACCCUAUUGCCUUGGAGUCCAGAUGGACGGUGAGCAAGUGAAAUGUGUAUGGGAGAAGGGAAUGCUCAAGCAUCGGGAAUAGACCCAGCACUUGGAAAAGAAUAGAACUGUCACUGUUUUAACAAAUUGAACUUGGGUGGAUCAGUGUACCUGGUUCUCCCAGGCCUACAGAAGGCUUUUGUUUAAAUUGAAUUACUUUGAUGCUCAUGAAUGUGAGGAAAUAAUAGUGCUGGCUAAUGUCUGGUAUACUCCUUAUCCCCACCCAUCAUGACAAAUUGUGUGAUGAUGACUAAUGUCUACCAGGGACCAAGAUGAGAUACGACUAAUUCAUAUCCACUUAUUGCAUAAGCUGCACUUUGAUCCCAAAUUUCCAUAGAUGAACCACUACUGUAUUCACACACACCCCCACCCUGCACGAUGUAUCCACCCAAUGUCUUAUUUUACCUCUAAGUUCUAAAAGAAAGGUGCCGUUGAUACCAUUGUGUACAGUUGUGACAGCUUAAAUGCACACAGCUUGCCAUUACUGUUGUGAGUGGCACUCUGUGGAAUCACAGUACAGAAGUGUAAGAACAUGGAAUCAUUCCAUGAAGUGACAAGAAUCAUUUCUGCAAUGCUUUUAGCUGUCACUAUGAAAAGAGAGAGAGGAAUAUUUCCUACUCAUAUUAAACUUUCAGGUGUUGCUAGAUUCUUGCAGAGUUCCCCAUCAACUGCCAAAAUCAAUUCAUUCAAGAACCUCAAAAUGCUGUGGGAUUCAAUUUAGUGUCUACAGCUCUGUCUAUACCCUUAGUUUCAGGAUUCUUUAUUUUGCAAAUAAUUUUCAAUAAUAAAAGGGAGGGGGGCACCAGAUUUGAAUGAAACAUAAGUAACUGUGGAACUAAAAUGAAUGACUUUCCUAAAAUGAUGUACACUUGUGUGUGAUGCUAGCCAAAUAAUCAGAUAAAGUUAAAAACUUUAGAAGCUGUGUUUAGAUGGCAAUUUCUGAGGCAAUUUUAGGGGAGAUGCGUUCACCCUUUGCAACAAGCAAAUAAUGUAUAACGAUGGAAUCAAGCUGUCUUAGGUUUUUAUAUGGCAACUACCACCGUGGGAUGAAAGCCCAGGAAAGGGAGCAUAUCGUAAGGAAAAUCUGAAUGUCAUCUGGUAAACUAUUACUGCAGCUAUAUGGUAAUAUGCUAAUACUUCAAAUUUAUCAGCACCCAUGCUCAAAUGAGCUUUAAUGAUAAAAUACAGAUACAAAACUUGGGUCAAUCUAGCAAAGGAAAUUAAUGGAAAUUCUGUCUUCCUUUAAUUGUUAAUAACUGCAAACGGUGUUCUAAUGAAACCUCAGAUUUUUUAAUCAAUUCAUUUUGAAUUUCUUGUUCAGUCGCUAGUAAAAAGUUGUAAUCAAAAUAUUUUUUCCCGCUUCUA